ACUCCGUAUGUGUGAGUAUGUAAAUAAUAUUAUUAAUCUUUACAGGAGAGUGAUUGUUGGUUCAGUUUGUUUCCUGCUUCGAGUAAAAUAUUUUAGUUCGAUCGCGACGUUUUAUUAUUCAAGUAUUUAUUGUUUUUUUAAGAAAUUUGAUAUUUCGCAGCGUUUUGCGAUAAUUUGCCGCUACUUUAAUUAUUGCACAGACUUUGCGCGUGUAAUUGUUGAAAAGCUUAUUAUUAUAAAUUACGUGUGAAAACUCGCGAGACAUUUUUCGUGUUAAGUUUUUCGUAUUCACCGCCAAGCGCGAUCUCGAAUCAUCGCCGCGUCUAAAGUCGGCGACUUCAGAGACAACUUCCGGUCUUGUCUCUGUUCUCGCUUUUGCUCCUCACUCACUCACUCAGGUGUUCCGUCACCGGAUCACUGCGAUCUCGGACGGACGGUGACGGGACGGCGUCUAAACUUCGCGCGAUGAUUACGUUUAAUUAAUUAAUUAAUUACGUCGCGCGAUUUAGAUCGUCUAGUUCGUAACUAAUCGACUGAGAUAUUAUAUAUCACUAUGGCUUCCUUGGUUGCGGAUUACGGAACAUCCUCUGGCUCGGACAGCGAAACGAACGACGACGCUUCGGAUAAUGCCUUUAAGGGUGCUGAGAAGUCGGCGGGGUCCGAGAAAGAGAGAGACGAAGAGGAUGAGGAAGAAGAGGAUGACCGGGAGGAUGAGAACAAGAAAGAGAACGGAUACGUGAAAAUAAUUGAAACAGCAGCUUCCAAAGAAAAGCUUCCAUUGCCCACACCAGAUUUCAAUAGCACGCCCACAUUGCUUAGAACCUCUGUGUUCUCGAAUCCGUUUGUCGAGGCAGAGCGAGCAAAGAGCGCGAUCCUGGAGAAGCACGUGAAGAUGACGCCCACGCUGGACGACACAAAGAUGAUAAACGGCCGUAAGAUCUGCUGGAAUUAUCGUAAGGGCCGUUGUCGCUUCGGUCACAAUUGCACCUUCGCCCACGACUCGGAUUUGCACCGAAGCGCGGCCGAAUUGGAGGCUCUGCGAACUCCGCAGGAGACGCUGGUUUGUCAAACUCGUUACAGCAACGGACAACUACAGCAGCAGCAGCAGCAGCAGGUGUUGCAGGUCGCGAGCGACGACGAGAACGAGGUUGAUCAAGAGAACAAUCGCAUGGCAAACAGAAAGCGCAAGAAGAGACCCGGUCUGAGCCAAUCGUUACUUCCGAGUAAGAAAGUUUUCAAGCUGUACAAAGCGCAACAGCAGCAACCCAAAACCGUUACUAGAUGAAUAACCGUUUUGUUCAGGUUUAGUAUUAAGAAAUGAAAUAAUGUCUUCUCUAGCCAAGUUGUUACAUGUGUUCUUUGAAAAAAAAAGAACGCGGCUCAAAAAAUGUACGCGCACCGUGGGCGAUUUUUGCCAGAGUCAAAAAAAAAAAACCAAAAAAACAAAACGA